UCUCGAAUCAGCUUCUUAGCUUUUUAUUUCAAAUAUCUACCCUUUGCAACAUAAUGGCACCUUCCCACCUUAAUUCGAUCCUCUUGAUUCUUGUUUCACUCAGUUUAGCAUUUAUCAAUGGAAAUAUCAUUGCUGAGGCACGUAACCUUUUGGAGAUCCCUGAGCUUCCUAAGCCUGAGGUUCCAGUGGUUCCUAAGCCUGAGUUUCCCGUCGCACCAAAGCCAGUAGUUCCAAAGCCCGAGCUUCCCGUUGCACCAAAGCUUGAGUUUCCUGUGGUUCCAAAGCCCGAGCUUCCUGUGGUUCCGAAGCCCGAGCUUCCCAUCGCACCAAAGCCUGAGGUUCCCGUGGUUCCAAAGCCCGAGCUUCCUUUGAUUCCGAAGCCUGAGCUUCCCAUCGCACCAAAGCCUGAGGUUCCAAUAGUUCCAAAGCCCGAGCUUCCUGUGAUUCCGAAGGCUGAGCUUCCCGUUGCACCAAAGCCUGAGCUUCCUGUGGUUCCAAAGCCCGAGCUUCCUGUGGUUCCGAAGCCCGAGCUUCCUGUGGUUCCGAAACCUGAGCUUCCCGUGGCACCAAAGCCUGAGGUUCCAGUAGUUCCCAAGCCCGAGCUUCCCAUGGUUCCAAAGCCUGUGGUUCCAGAAGUUCCAAAGCCCGAGCCUCCUUUGAUUCCGAAGCCUGAGCUUCCGGUCGCACCAAAGCCUGAGCUUCCAAUAGUUCCAAAGCCCGAGCUUCCUGUGAUUCCGAAGGCUGAGCUUCCCGUUGCACCAAAGCCCGAGCUUCCUGUGGUUCCGAAACCUGAGCUUCCCGUGGCACCAAAGCCUGAGCUUACCAUCGCACCAAAGCCUGAGCUUCCCGUGGUUCCAAAGCCUGAGGUUCCAGAAGUUCCAAAGCUUCCCGUGGUUCCAAAGCCUAAGGUUCCAGAAGUUCCAAAGCUCGAGCUUCCUUUGAUUCCGAAGCCUGAGCUUCCCAUCGCACCAAAGCCUGAGGUUCCAAUAGUUCCAAAGCCCGAGCUUCCUGUGAUUCCGAAGGUUGAGCUUCCCGUGGCACCAAAGCCUGAGCUUCCCAUCGCACCAAAGCCUGAGGUUCCAAUAGUUCCAAAGCCCGAGCUUCCUGUGAUUCCGAAGGCUGAGCUUCCCGUUGCACCAAAGCCUGAGCUUCCUGUGGUUCCAAAGCCCGAGCUUCCUAUGGUUCCGAAACCUGAGCUUCCCGUGGCACCAAAGCCUGAGCUUCCAGUAGUUCCCAAGCCCGAGCUUCCUGUGGCACCAAAGCCCGAGCUUCCCGCAGCACCAAAGCUUGAGCUUCCCGUGGUUCCAAAGCCUGAGCUUCCGGUAGUUCCAAAUCCCGAGCUUCCUGUGGUUCCCAAGCCUGAGCUUCCCAUGGCACCAAAGCCUAAGCUUCCCGUGGUUCCAAAGCCUGAGCUUCCGUUGGCUCCUAAGCCCGAGCUUCCUAUGGUUAAGCCCUAGAUUGCUGUCAUUCCAAAGCCCACAUUGCCAACAAUACCUAAGCUACCCAAGGAAUGUCCCAUUUGUUCCAUUGCCCAUCCGUAAAGAAUUGCUUUUCUAAAAGCUUGAAAUCUAUUUUUUCAUUUUACUCCUACUAUAUAUGUGCUUAAUUAACAUAUUGAUUAUAGAAUGUGUUUGUUUUUUA